CGCCGCCAGAGCGGGGGCGGCUGCAGCGGCGGCGCCCGCCAUGGACUUCAACGUGAAGAAGCUGGCGUCGGACGCGGGCGUGUUCUUCUCGCGCGCCGUGCAGUUUACAGAAGAAAAGCUGGGCCAAGCUGAGAAGACCGAACUAGAUGCCCACUUUGAGAACCUUAUGGCCAGAGCAGACUGCACCAAGAACUGGACGGAGAAGAUCCUGCGUCAGACAGAGGUUCUGCUACAGCCAAACCCUAGUGCCAGAGUAGAAGAAUUCCUGUAUGAAAAGCUUGACCGGAAGGUGCCUUCCCGCGUCACCAACGGGGAGCUGCUGGCACAGUACAUGACAGAGGCAGCUAACGACUUUGGACCAGGGACACCUUACGGGAAGACCUUGAUAAAGGUUGGAGAGACCCAGAGGCUCUUAGGUGCGGCAGAACGGGACUUCAUCCACUGUGCCUCCCUCAACUUCCUCACCCCGCUGCGCAACUUCCUAGAGGGCGACUGGAGAACUAUUUCUAAAGAGCGGAGGAUCCUGCAGAACCGCCGCCUGGAUCUGGACGCCUGCAAAGCCAGGCUGAAGAAAGCCAAGGCUGCCGAGGCAAAAGCAGCGUGUGAGGGAGAUGCCGUGCCUGACUUUCAGGAGACUAGACCUCGUAAUUACAUUCUCUCCGCCAGCGCGUCAGCGCUUUGGAGCGACGAGGUGGAAAAAGCCGAGCACGAGCUGCGGCUCACGCAGACCGAGUUCGACCGGCAGGCCGAGGUGACGCGGCUGCUGCUGGAGGGCAUCAACAGCACCCACGUGAAUCACCUUCGCUGUCUCCAUGAGUUUGUGGAGUCUCAGACCAACUACUAUGCUCAGUGUUACCAGUACAUGUUGGACCUGCAGAAGCAACUGGGCAGUUCCAAAGGAGAAAUAUUUUCAGGCACGUUCGUCGGCAACGCCGAAGCUGCAUCUCCCRCCGCUGCUACCUCUCCUGCAGCCGUUGCUGCCGCCGCCGUCCCCGCUGUGCCUACCAUCCCCGUUGUGCCCACGCUUGGCGGGGUGCCUAACGCGGUGGCGGAGGGAGUGCUGAACCCCAACGAAGUCAAACCCCCUGCCAGUGGCACACGCAAGGCCAGGGUCCUUUAUGACUACGAAGCAGCUGACAGCAGUGAACUGGCACUCCUUGCAGAUGAGAUGAUCACUGUGUACAGCCUGCCGGGCAUGGACCCAGACUGGCUCAUAGGUGAAAGAGGGAACCAGAAAGGAAAAGUUCCUGUCACUUACUUGGAACUGUUAAGUUAAAAUGUCUCCAGGAAGAAGAAUGUCCAAGCAGAAUGCACCCCUCAUCUCCUGGCACUUCUAACACGGAUUUCUUCAUCAGAGACCAUUGCUGUCUUCAGGGAUGACCCUCCAUUGCUAAUAYGGGAAGCGUGGCAAAGUGGUAAAACUGUUAGGGGAGGGUUUGGGGAAAGGACAAAUGGCACUAGGAUGGAAUUCACUACCCAGCAGUGCAGCCUGCUUUGAGGUUCAUCUUGGCCAUGCGAGAUUCCUCCGUUUCCGUCCCUCUGCCCUAGUCUAGUUUAUUGCAGUGGUGUCCCCAGGGCCAGCAAACUGCUUCCCGCGGCGGCUGCUGCUGGAGCGUGUUGCACUUCCCUUGUGUUUGCUCUUGGUUAGUGCCUGGCUCCCCUCCCAGCCUCAUUCGUCAGCAGUAGAGUUCCCCGAAUCCAGUCUUCAAGCAUUCCAGUAGGGAAGUGCCCCACAAGCCCACUGGCAUAUUCUAACUGUUAAGGAAAGGAAGCUGAAGAGCUAAAAGCCCAUUAACCUGCACUGUCUUGCUUGCCUGUGGGGGAACAGUAACGCGGGGCUUUCUGAGAGCCAGCCCUCCUGUUAGUGCUGCCUGAUGGCUUCAGGGUAGAACUGAGCUGGGAGGCUGGAAGGAGAUGUGAUUGAGAAAACCAACCAAAAAAAACAUAGGGCCUGUAUGUCCAGAAUGAAACCUCGGUGAAAGGGACCAUGCAUCUUGCUUGCAUUUCCUCUGAGAAACUGCUCUUGGACUGCAAAGAGUUUACAAGCCUUUUUACAAGCUUUGCUCCCUGUGUUAAUUGUCCAGGCUCUUCUUUCAGUGUGUUUGGUGCAGGCUUAUGUUUUAGCCUGACUUUAUUUGCCCCCCUAGAUCACUGAUUUCACUAAUACCUUCCCCUCCCAUCUCAGCAGUGAACAGACCUGGUGCAUCCCAGUCCAGCACGGGGUAGUCCCGCUUGCUCUUGUCUCUCCACCAAAAAGCCAUCCUGGGUCAUACACAGAGGCAACUACAAUCCUGCUUUUCCCGACCCCUUCCCGCUCAACCAUCCCGGCUGCCCUUGGCGUUUGUGGUGAUUUAGCUGCAGGGGGGAAGCACUGAGGUGCUUUUGCCUUUUAAUCCUGUUACCAGCCUCGGAGCUCGGCCUGAGGRCUCCAGCUGCUGCGUCACCAGUUUCCAUCUCGAGCUGGGUUCAAGAGAGAAGCGCCCACCUGCACCAAGGUCUCCGUUCACUGCCCUCCUCGCGGUGUGUCAGACACYACCUUUGCUUGUUUA